AUGUUCCCAAAGUUAUUUUUACUUUUUCUUGUAAUUAUAUUUUUUAUAACAAUAACACAUGGAUAUCCUCGUUAUCGUCGUCAAUUGCAUCCUUCAAAAAAUAAUUUUUGGUCCGUUGAAGAACGAGCAUCUUGGGCAAGCAAUCCAAGUGGUUCUAUUAAGGGCACCUCCUAUUAUGGCGUUGGAUCCGAUCCGAAUUAUGGUUCAUUUAUAAGACCUCCGAAUAGUCCACACGGUGGUAUUUUACCAAUAAGUUAUAAUCCUGAUUCUAGUCUAAGUAACUAUCUUAUAAAUCCAAAUCGUCAAACAUCAUUUCAACAAUCGGUACAAAAAGAUACGUACAAUUCUAAUAAUUAUCCAUGGCAAAGACCUAAUAAUUAUUAUGCUGGAUCCUACAAUUACUAUGCACCUGGAACUCAAGGAUGGUAUGCAACUGGUGUAAAUUGUGUAUCACCAGCUCCUGGUAGAGCGGUAACAACACCAUUUGGUAAAAAAGGUAGUUGGUCAGCUGGUUAUCAUACGGGAGCUGAUUAUGCAUGUCCUACUGGUACAAAAGUAGUAGCAGCAAAAGCAGGUGUUGUUAAAUCAGGAAAUUGGGGUGCUGCAUAUGGAACUCAUAUAAUAAUUGAAUCAAAAGAUGCUGCUGGUAAAGUAAUUCGACAUUUAUAUGCACAUUUAAGUAAAAAGAUGGUAUCAGUUGGUGCUAAAGUUAAAGCUGGACAACAAAUAGCUAAAAGUGGAAAUACUGGAAGAUCGACUGGUCCUCAUCUUCAUUAUGAAGAACGAGUUUCACCAUUUGGUUAUUCCAAUCAUCGAAAGCCACAAUUUAACAAGUAA